UCAAUAUUGCUACUUCAUUAUCUGUAUCCAUCCAUGGAGAUUACCUCAAUCAACCAAGAGAAAACACAGUCUAAUUUCUUGAAAACCAUGUUCGAAAAUCUUAAGGUCAAGUUUAAGGACACGAAGAAGAUCGGAGAAGAUGAUCCAAGAAGAAUCUUGCACUCCAUUAAGGUUGGAUUCGCUCUAACCUUAGUGUCUUUGUUCUACUACUUCAGACCUCUCUACGAUGGCUUCGGGCAAGCCGGAAUGUGGGCCAUUUUGACUGUCGUCGUCGUAUUCGAAUUCUCAGUUGGAGGCACAAUUUCGAAAAGUUUGAACCGAGGGGGUGCCACUCUACUAGCUGGUGCCUUAGGAGUUGGAGCUGAAUAUUUGGCUAACCUAUGUGGGGAGAGAGGAGAGCCAAUUGUUCUUGGCAUUUUUGUUUUCAUUCUAGCGGCUGUAUCAACAUAUACACGAUUCAUCCCAAAGGUGAAGAGGAGAUAUGAUUAUGGGGUAUUGAUAUUCAUACUGACGUUCAGUCUGGUGGCGGUGUCGGGUGCUCGGAUCAGUGAGAUAAUGGAGUUGGCUCAUCAACGGCUGUCAACGAUUUUGAUAGGCGGCGCCACCUGCGUCCUUGUGUCCCUUUGCAUCUACCCGGUUUGGGCUGGUCUAGAUUUGCAUGAUCUCAUUGCUUCAAACAUACUACAGCUUUCUGCAUCCUUACAAGGUUUCAGUUCCGAGUUUGGCGAUGUGGUGUCGUCUAAGGAUAGUAGGGAUAAGCCAUAUCUCCAAAUUCAUAAAUCUGUGCUCAACUCAAAAGCAACCGAGGAAUCAUUGGCUAAUUUUGCAUGGUGGGAACCUAGUCAUGGACGUUUCAAGUUGAAUCAUCCAUGGAAACUCUACUUGAACGUGGGUGGCAUAGUCAGGCAAUGUGCUUGCCAUAUCGAAAUACUUAGUGGCUGCAUAACCAAUUCUAAAAUUCAGGUAGUAUCCGAAUUCGAACAGAAAAUUCAACCAUCAUGUGUGAAAAUGAGCAUGGAAUGUGGGAAGGCUCUCAAAGAAGUAUCCACAGCAAUGAAAAACAUGUCAAUUCCAUCAUCAUCUGUUGCACUUCAUUUAAUCAACUCCAAAGCUGCAGCAGAUGAACUCAAGAACAUAAUGGAAAAAUUUUCCUCGUCGCCAAAUGAAGCAGACCUUCAACAAAUCAUGCCAACGCUAGUCGUUGCCUCCAUACUCAUCGACAUCAUCGAAUUUGUCGAAAAAAUAGUAGUUUCAGUCAAUGAAUUGGCUGAGAAAGCAGGGUUUAAACAAACGCAGCUGCUUCACCGUGGGAUUGUGAAACCUGUAAAUAAUGAUGAUGAUGAUCAACUUGUUAUAGAGAUCGUCGAGAUGAAAAAGCCUAUAGGAGUAAGAACAUAGGAAAAUAAUAUUUCUUCAAUUAUUGGAAAUGGAAUUAUUACAUGUUUCUAGAUAGAAAUAUGAAACCAUAUGUACCAUUGUUAUC